AUGGUGGAGGCUGCGCCCCCCGGGCCCGGGCCGCUCAGAAGGACCUUCCUGGUACCCGAGAUCAAGUCGUUGGAUCAGUACGAUUUCUCGCGAGCCAAGGCGGCGGCGAGCCUGGCGUGGGUGCUGCGGGCCGCGUUCGGGGGUGCAGAGCACGUGCCCCCGGAGCUGUGGGAACCCUUCUACACCGACCAGUACGCACAGGAGCACGUCAAGCCCCCGGUGACGCGGCUGCUGCUCUCGGCCGAGCUCUACUGCCGGGCCUGGCGCCAGGCGCUGCCGCAGCUCGAGACGCCCCCCAGCCCCUCGGCGCUGCUGGCCCUGCUGGCACGGAGGGGCACGGUGCCCGCGCUGCCCGAGCGCCCGGUGCGGGAGGCCGACCUGCGGCACCAGCCCAUCCUCAUGGGAGCCCACCUGGCUGUCAUUGACGCCCUCAUGGUGGCCUUCGCCUUUGAGUGGACCAAGCCGCUGCCCGGGCCCUUGGCCAUGAAGCUUGAGCACAAGCUGCUUUUCUGGGUGGACUCGACUGUGCGCCGGCUGCAGGAGAAGACCGAGCAGGAAGCAGCUCAGCGUGCAACCCCAGCGACCCCCACGGACGGGGCAGCCCCGGCGCAACCAUCGUGCCCCACACGCUGGUAUUGGAAGCUGGUUCCUCACGCAAUUGCCUUCUGUUUGAAGGAGUCGGGGAACAGACCCCCCAUGAUCCGCUACCGCAAGGACCGCGCCAUGGCCCGCCGUGCCCCCUGCUUCCCCACCGUCACCAGCCUUCAGGACCUGGCCAGCGGUGCCGCGCUGGCCGCCACCAUCCACUGUUACUGUCCCCAGCUGCUGCGGCUUGAGGAGGUGUGCCUCAAGGACCCCAUGUCAGUGGCCGACAGCCUGUACAACCUACAACUGGUGCAAGAUUUCUGUGCCUCCCGCCUCCCUCGCGGCUGCCCUCUGGCCCUGGAGGACUUGCUGUACGUCCCUCCGCCUCUCAAGGUCAACCUGGUGGUGCUGUUGGCCGAGAUGUUUAUGUGUUUUGAGGUGCUCAAGCCUGACUUUGUGCAGGCUAAGGACUUGCCUGAUGGCCACGCCGCCUCACCCCGGGGUACUGAGGCCUCCCCACCUCAGAACAGCAGCGGUGGCAGUUCUCCCGUCUUCAACUUCCGCCACCCGCUCCUGUCGCCUGGAGGUCCCCAGUCUACACUCCGAGGGUCCACAGGCUCCCUGAAGUCAUCCCCAUCUAUGUCGCACAUGGAGGCCCUGGGCAAGGCCUGGAACCGACAGCUCAGCCGUCCCCUCUCCCAGGCCGUGUCAUUCAGCACCCCCUUUGGCCUGGACAGCGAUGUCGACGUGGUUAUGGGAGACCCCGUUCUCCUGCGUUCCGUCAGCUCUGACAGCCUGGGGCCCCCGCGUGCUGUACCGGCCAGGACCCCCGCCCAGUCCAGCACCCCGGAGCCUGGCGACCUGCCCACCAUCGAGGAGGCCCUGCAGAUCAUCCACAGUGCCGAGCCGCGGCUGCUUCCAGAUGGGGCCGCCGACGGCAGCUUCUACCUUCACUCCCCGGAGGGGCCCACCAAGGCCCCACUGUCUUCCUCCUACCCGUCCGAUGGAUUCACCAAGCCCCCCAUCUAUGUGCCCCACCCCGAGACACCCUCCAAGCCUUCACCCUGCCCGGCUGCUGUGGAGGUGUCCAAACCGUCCGUCCCAUCUGAGGGGUCCCCAAAGGCGGCAGCUUCGUCCCCGGCCGCCACCAACUCCGAGGUGAAGAUGACCAGCUUCGCGGAACGUAAGAAGCAGCUGGUGAAGGCAGAAACCGAGGCCGGAUCGGGGUCCCCUCCGCCCCCUACGGCGGCCCCGGAGACCCUGAGCUCUGAGAUGAGCGAGCUGGGAGCCAGGCUCGAGGAGAAGCGGAGAGCCAUCGAGGCUCAGAAGCGGCGCAUCGAGGCCAUCUUUGCCAAGCACCGCCAGCGGCUUGGCAAGAGCGCAUUCUUGCAGGUGCAGCCUCGUGAGGCUGCCGGGGAGGCAGAGGCAGAGGCGGAACCAGAGCCGGGCACAGCCCCCGGCGGGGAGCGGCCGGCGGGCGAGGGCCAGGGGGAGCCAUCCUCGCGACCCAAAUCGGUGACCUUUUCGCCCGAGCUGGGCCCGGUGCCCCCUGAGGGGCUGGGGGACUACAACCGUGCGGUCAGCAAGCUGAGCGCCGCUCUGAGCUCCCUGCAACGGGACAUGCAGCGGCUCACGGACCAGCAGCAGCGGCUUCUGGCGCCACCCGAGCCCCCAGGACCUGCCCCACCCCCUGCUGCCUGGGUCAUCCCUGGCCCCACCACCGGGCCUAAAGCUGCAUCCCCUAGUCCUGCCCGUCGGGCCCCGACCGCUGCCCGGCGCAGCCCUGGCCCCGGCCCCAGCCCAGCACCCCGGAGUCCAAAGCACACACGGCCGGCGGAGCUGCGGCUGACACCCCUGACCAGGGUGCUCACGCCACCCCACGACGUUGACAGCCUGCCCCACCUGCGCAAGUUCUCGCCCAGUCAGGUGCCCGUGCAGACACGCUCCUCCAUCCUCCUGGCCGAGGGGUCGCCCCCUGAGGAGCCCGCCACGGUCCGGCCGGGCCUCAUUGAAAUCCCCCUGGGCAGCCUGGGCGAGCCUGCAGCUGAGGAAGGGGGCGACGGGAGUCCCCCGGACGCGGAAGACUCCUUAGAAGAGGAGGCGUCGUCGGAGGGAGAGCCCCGGGUGGGGCUGGGCUUCUUCUACAAGGAUGAAGACAAGCCUGAGGAUGAGAUGGCCCAGAAGCGAGCUAGCCUGCUGGAGCGCCAACAGCGGCGGGCGGAGGAGGCCAAACGGCGCAAACAGUGGCAAGAGGCUGAGAAGGAACAGCGGAGGGAGGAGGCCGCCAGGCUGGCCCAGGAGGAAGCAGCCAACCCAGCCCCUGCAGCUCCCACAGCUGCUGCUGCUGUUGCUGCUCCUGCAGCGGCCCCGGGCCCCGCAGUGGCUGCUGCAGGGACCCGGGCCCCGGCCGAGGAGGAGGUGGGCCCCCGGCGUGGGGACUUCACGCGUCUCGAGUACGAGCGCCGGGCCCAGCUGAAGCUGAUGGAUGAUCUUGACAAGGUGCUGCGUCCCCGGGCCGCCGCGGGGAGCGGGGGACCAGGCCGGGGAGGGCGCAGGGCGCCCCGGCCACGCUCUGGUUGCUGUGACGACUCGGCUCUGGCCAGAAGCCCAGCCCGCGGCCUGCUGGGCUCGCGGCUCAGCAAGGUCUACUCGCAGUCCACGCUGUCCCUGUCCACCGUGGCCAACGAGGCCUCCAAUAACCUUGGUGUGAAGAGGCCCACGUCCCGGGCCCCGUCGCCGUCUGGCCUCAUGUCCCCCAGCCGUCUGCCGGGCAGCCGGGACUGGGAAAAUGGCAGCAACGCAUCCUCGCCGGCGUCCGUGCCGGAGUACACAGGUCCCCGGCUUUACAAGGAGCCCAGCGCCAAGUCCAACAAGUUUAUCAUCCACAACGCCCUGUCGCACUGCUGCCUGGCGGGCAAAGUGAACGAGCCGCAGAAGAACCGCAUUUUGGAAGAAAUCGAGAAGAGCAAAGCCAACCACUUCCUCAUCCUCUUCCGCGACUCGAGCUGCCAGUUCCGGGCGCUCUACACGCUGUCCGGGGAGACGGAGGAGCUGUCGCGUCUGGCGGGCUACGGCCCGCGUACCGUCACCCCCGCCAUGGUGGAGGGCAUCUACAAAUACAACUCGGAUCGCAAACGCUUCACCCAGAUCCCCGCCAAGACCAUGUCCAUGAGCGUGGACGCCUUUACCAUCCAGGGACACCUCUGGCAGACCAAGAAGCCCACCACCCCGAAGAAGGGCAGUGGCGGUGGCACGCCCAAGUAA